UAACCUGCAAGAACCACUCCUCGAAGUCAAGUCCAUUCCCAUUGUUUUCCAACCACACUCUUUUCUUCUCUCCUUCUUCCCUAAGUAUUCCAAACUAAAAGGGCAAGCACGUCAAAUUACACGCCUUUCCUCCCCAUAAAUCCCCCAACCAGAUACAUUCUCUUCCACAAUGUAACUGGAGCGACAAGUUAAGGUUCACUUCACUUCAUCUAACUGUAGACUUAAAGGAAGGUUCCAGAACCAGUAAGAUGGGCGAAGGCGGAGCGGCGACGGCAGUUGCGGAGGCACAAUACUCGUUGGUCAAGACUUCGGUUUGGUGGGACAUAGAGAACUGUCAAGUGCCCAAAGUGUGCGAUCCCCACGCCAUCGCGCAGAAUAUAAGCUCCGCUCUCGUUCGGAUGAAUUAUUGCGGCCCUGUUUCCAUCUCUGCUUACGGUGACACCACUGGUAUCACUGCCUCCGUCCAACAUGCCCUCUCCAGCACCGGCAUCUCCCUCAACCAUGUCCCCGCCGGUGUUAAAGAUGCAAGUGACAAAAAGAUUCUUGUUGACAUGCUAUUCUGGGCUGUGGACAAUCCUGCACCUGCUAAUUACUUAUUAAUAUCUGGUGAUAGAGACUUUUCCAAUGCUCUUCAUCAGCUGCGGUUGAGGAGGUAUAAUAUUCUUCUUGCACAGCCUAAGAAAGCUUCUGCACCCCUAGUAGCAGCUGCCAAGAGUGUGUGGCUUUGGACUAGUCUCUUGGCUGGAGGACCUCCCCUUACGAAGGGUGAAUCACUACAACUUGGUAAUAAUGACAUCCAAUCCUCUUCUGACUCCGUACAAAGUCCAGUCCAUAAUGCCUUUCAGAUACCGCAGUAUCUGGAAUCCUAUUCAGAAGUUCAUACAGGAAAUCAGAAAUUUCCUGGUACAGCAAGGCAACUUGAUUCUAGACAUCAUGGGAAGACAAAUGGGAGAAAGUCAAAUAAAUCAAAUGGACCCAAGGUCAAGAAUCCAGCUCCAGUUGGACUUCAAGAAAAUGAUGGCAAUAUAAAUUCUCCUCCACCUGGCAAUUAUACCCAUAAUGUUCCCCCAAGUGGUUCUACACCAAAUUUUACUCUUGGCAUUCCUGAUCAAAUGCGGGUCAAUAAUGGUAAUCUACAAGACAAUCAUCAAAAUCCACAUUCACAACCAUUAAGAUCAAAUAUUUUUCCUUUGGAGCCUCCUUUUUCACCAAGCAAUUCAUUUUCUCUAAAUUCCAUAAGUUUUGGAACUUCAGUAGUGCCGGCUUGGACUGGUGGGCCCAGCUUCUCUGCAGCACCACUUACGAAGGUACCAGAUACUGGUAAUAUUUCUGGAUAUCUUAGUAAUGCUCACGAUCCGCAUCCUGUUAAUCAAUUGAACGGGGACUUGGAACGGAGUUCUUGCAGUAAUUCUCCAAAUCCUGUUAAAUCUAUUGAUGAAGCAGAUGGGCACAUGAUACAGAACGCACGAAAUUUGUAUAAUGGCUAUGCACAUGGGCCAGAACACCGAACUUCAUCAUCAGCAACCGUGGGUAAUAAUAAUCUUCCAGGUAAUGGUAUGUGGGGAUCGCCAGAAUCUCCUAAAUCUUCUGAGCACGUCCAAGAUCUUAUAGGGGUUGUUUUACUUGCCUUGAACAUACUGCAAACUGAAAAAAUUAAGCCAACUGAGUCAAAUAUAACAGAUUGUAUUCGAUUUGGAGAUCCCAAGCAUCACAAUACAGAUGUCAAGAAGGCUUUGGAGAUUGCUGUUGAGCAGCAGAUGGUAGCGAAGCAAAAUGUUGGUGCUUUGGAGUUGUUUGUUGAUAAGAAUGAUCAAGUUUGGAAGUCUGUAUGCACUCUGGGUGGUAAUCCUAAGAAGCACUCAAAAAAGACAUGGAACAAAAUAAAAAAAUUUCUAGCUACUUCUCGUGGAAGAUUGGCAAUAAUGAAUACUCAGUGCAAGUACGAAGCAGGUAUUGUGAUUAAGAAUAUGUGCUUGAAAGAUCAUGCUUUGGGUGAUGUCCUACAGAUUUUGAGUUUAGCGAUUUCCUAUAAAAAAUGGAUUGUGCAUCAACAAUUGGGCUGGCAACCAGUUAACAUCACCUUGCAUAGAAAUGUGAUUCAGAGGUCAUAGCAUGCAAAUAACUCCAAAAGGCAUGUCAGCAAAAUGAAAAGUUACUAAAUAUAUUAGCAGCCAGUUUGAUUAGGACAUCAGAAGUUAUCUGGAUAAACCUCUCUUUCUACUGCUAAACAAAGGUAGUUAGUAAUAAAGAGCUGUGGUAUACAAGUACCUUGAAUGCUAUAGCUAACAGAUAUGAUUACUGAUAAGGUUCUUCCGUUCUGUUGAAGGGGCAAAGGAAAUUACCUUUUGGACAAGAAAUGAAACCUGAAACUUUAAACAUACAAACCAUAAAGUCUCUUCUGGUUGCUGCUGAGGUUACAAAUUCUCAGCCACUGGUUUCUUAUACAUCGCAGUGGAUCUAUCUGGUAACGAAUAUGCCCGCCUCAAAACUUUGGCUUCUACUUAUGAACAAAUCACUACAUGGAGUUUUUGAAAAUGAUCGAUGAUCGUGGAACCAAAAUGCUUUCAAUAUCACUUGCGCAAAUGGUGCUUGUAGAGUUGUGAUUUUUAAUGUUCAUGCUUUACUUGGAUUUGGCUUUUGGCAUAUUUCUCAAAUCAUAACUGGGAAUUUGGGCCAUUCAGUUGGGAUAGGUGUAUGCUCCUUCUGCCUUUCAUUUGUGUGUAAACACAGUAUACCAUAUCGUUGAUGAAGCCUAAUUAUUAUAAACUUUUUUUCUUUUAAGUUAGUCCUGAUAUUGGCAUCAAAAUCCCAUUAAGUUUGUCUAGUCCAAUACAAUAUUGUUGUGUUUCCAAUA